AGAACUACUUAUCAGGUUCGGCGGAUUGCAACGACAUUCAAACUAACAGUGCAUGGCUCGUCUCUUGCUCGGAAGGAGUCAUCUUGAAAUUGCUGUUUGCUCGAUAGGCAACACUCAAACUCAAAAUGACGAAUUUUUACCAUAUGUAGUCAAGAUCGACAAGAGGGGGAACGUGCCACCCGCUUAAAGGAGGGGAAAAUAAACCUCUCGCCCAAGUCCAACGAACUUCAGAGAAGUGCGACCCGCCGGCGAUAUCAACUGGCGAAACUCCUGCUCCGUAGUUCAAGUUCUAUUUAGGUCGGGAGGCCGUCGGGCCGGCGACAUACAUUCGCUCUCCGGCUACCUAUCGCUAUUCCCUGCGAUGAACUGAUAAGUUUGAAUUUCGCGGAAAACCGAAAGCAAAUAAAAGUAUCUGUCCCCGCAACCAUGGUGGUGCAGACGCAGUCGCACCGAUCUCCGGAGCUCGAGGAAGAGCAGAAGAAUGCGCCAGGCGACGAGUCCGCGAGUAGUACCCGGGCUGGGAUCAUGAAGGAAAAGCAGAACAACAAGAUUGGCGGCGCACACGAGCUGCCGCCGAUGCCGCAACUGGAAAGUUUCCCGAGCCCGGAAGAAGUGAAGCACAAGGCGGUGUUGGACCUUCUCAACGACCACGUGAUGUAUGAUUUGCGAAAAGAGCAAAAGGCGCAACUGCAGGAGAUUCUCGGACGAAUUCAAGUGGAAAUCAAAAGCAGCCUCGAAACGGAAACGGCAGCUGACGCCGGUGCUGGUCUGUCGCUCGAAAAUGAUCUGAAAUUUCCCGCCCUUCACGACCGGUCAAAAUUUCAAGACUUGGAAGCGUUGGCAAACCGGGAUUUCAACAUCGAUCUGCGCAAAGACGAGGCAGAUGUCGUGCUGGAAAAUUAUGAGUCACGUCUGACGCAGCGGGUUUUUGAGAAGGUCACGCCGGAGAAUUGGGAGCGGAUCUCCGCCCUCGAAAAUCACAAUGAGGCUCUAGUGGACCGUAUCCAUUUGUGUACAACAAGUGGCAUGAUAGUAGUACCCACCCCAUCAAUUUGCCAUGCAAGUUUUCUUGCCCAGCAGAACGAUCAGACGCAGACACCCGCAACGACCGCAUGAGAUGAUGCGACGUUUGCUUUGCAUUUAUAUUCCAGCGGUGCACAACUACCAAAGUCAAAGAACAAAGAACGCGAUCUCCCUCAUUAACUGCUGGAACGGGUUGUGUUGCGUCGUUCGAGAUGCCUGGCUGUCAAUGCAAUCCAGACAGUGCAGACGCUGGGCCUUGAGGAUCUUGCUAGCGCUCCUUGGGCUGUCCUUUUAAAAAGGCAGUCUCUGCCGGCACACCUUGGCAGCUUUUGCAAUUGCCGAAGAACUCUGCGCGAAGUUCUUGCAUUGCGCAACAGCCAGCAAAAUUGAUCGUCUUUUGUGGCAGAUUUAGGGGUGGCCCUCUGACCGUGGGUACGUUUUUACCAAGCAUAGACCGAAUGGAGACCAUGGAGAAUCACCUCCUGGACCGGAGUAAGCAACUCAGUCAGUGCCGGUACUCCUAUUUCCUAGAGAUAACCCACCUGCGCAACCAGGUGUAUCUACAGGGACUGAACCCCGAAGAAUUCGACCCUCACGAGUGCUACUUUUUCGACCCCCUGGACAGCCUAGAGGAGGAGUUGCGAGAAAUGUUGAACCAAAAAAUCAAGGACAGCGUACAACUAUAAUAUCUUUUUCUUUUGGUUUUAACGUUGUAUCUGCAACUGCUAUUUCUCAUUCUCCGUCUUCUCGAGAACAAACCUUUUCAUCAGCACUUUAUCCACAGUAAGGUAGAAUAAGCAGUUCGCUGGCCUAGGAGCUUCUGUCGUGAAAAUGUUUAUAUCCUUUCUCAAAUUUCGUUGGUUCGUCAUUGGUUUCUAGUGAUUGCGAAAAGUUCGACGAGCAGGACCUCGGUCGAUGCAGCUCUCACAGCAAGCAGAAGUACGUACUCAUGCAAGAUGACAUGAAGUGUAUUUGUAUUAUGCUCCAAGCGAUCAACAGCAACAUGAACAUCGUCAUCGGCUGAGCACCACUAUUAUUGCUUUUGCUACAGGUUCGCGUAUAUUAUGGGAAGUGGAAAAAAGCAGAGGCCCGAGCGAACGAGCUGCAGGAUCGGUUAGACAAUUUGAUGGCCACGCUGUCACCGGAGCAGAUGACGCGCAAGCCACGGCCCGUGCGGGAGGAGUUGGAGUGGUUGGCUGACUAUCCAGUGUAACGGAAGGAGUAUCGUGCUCGUACUGAUCGAAGUCAUAAUGUACUUAAGUAUUCAUGGCAAGAAACCUAUUUCGUGAUCGCGAGGAUAACUAUAGGUAAGUCUCCUGAAUACGCAUUUGCAUAUACAAAAACUACAACAAAUUUUGAUCUUCUUCCUCAUGCUCAGCAAGUUUGUCACACGAUUUCUAGUACGUAGUGCGAUGCUUUUGCAAUGCAUACUGCCUUUUACGGGGCAAAUGCUGUUAUUAAGGGUAUGGCAGAGAGCUUUCCAGAUGAUAUGCUCUCUUGGGCGAAGAAGGUAAAUAAGAUUGUGAUCAUCAUUGUCUUCAUCGAGGUUGGUAUUUAUGUGUCCCCGUAGUUGUCGGCUGCACUUCUCUAUGUAUUUUUAGUAGUCCUGAUGCUUCGUUCUAGGUUCUAGUGCCAGUACUUACGUCGGUGGCACUUCUUUCUACCACUGGUUUUUUCCGUACAGGGACAUACAGGGACAUUUUUCGAAUACGCUUACGCUCCUACUCGAGGCGGAGGCUUCAUCCAUCCAGGACCAGGAGUUCUCGUUAUCUUGCAUCUGGCUGUGCGCAGCACGUGCACGUGUUUAUAUCCAUGUCUGUAAAGAAAGACGCACUAGCGGAAGUAUGGUGAGCUGCUGCAACCUCAAGCGUGGACAGGAACAAUGUUUGCAUCGCCGCUCGUGCGAAUUUUAAAACUCUACUCACCGUAUAAGAACUACAUUAACAUUUACAUUUAGACAAGGAUCUGUUUGUGCUUCGACGGGCACAAAAAUUGUGGCUUCGGACACAUGAAAGUGAUUUUUUCUUUGCAGGCACUCGGCAUGGAAGGUGGCCAAGACGCAAAGUUGGCAGAACUCCAGCGGCUGCUCGAGGAGGCACAAGAGGCAUUGGCUGCGGAAAAAAGAACAAGUGCAGACUUACGAGCCGAGCUUGCGCAGGCCAAGGGCGACUUGGAGCGAGCGGCCGCAGAGCUUGAGUCAGCCCAAAGUCAGGUCAUGGAGAUGCAGCACAAGAUUUCCGAACUUGAAAGCUACGUGGAGGAGUCGAGCGCUAGUCUAGAGGAGAUGCGACAAAAAAGCCUUCGCAUGGGAAGCUCUGCCGACGACGUAUAUAUUCAGAUGAGAUUUUUGAUGAAAACUACUGAAACUCCUUUGUUACCGAUAGAUGCCUAGUCGAUUGACGUUCGUUAUUGUACUAAAGUUUUGCCUUUUUCCCGCAAUGGUACCCACAAAAAUACUUGUACUUCAUUUUCCAUCACUUCUGCACCAGGCUUCUUUGCGACAGCAGCUGUCCGCAGAAGUGGAAGCUGAGAUGCGGGUGUGCAUCGCAAAUGUGUCGGGGUCUAGAUGGAUGCGGCUGGUCAUGUGAACAAGUUGUUUUGGACACAAAAGAAUAUGCGAUGCAUGAACCGCAAAAACUGUGUACUCUUUGCUAGGCCAAGGAUGGGCCUCGUCCUCUAAUGCGGAAAUCAUGGCGUCGAGUUUGAGAGGGUCGCGCAAGAUCUGUGAAGAUAGUUCUGUGUGUAUUCCGGACACUGCGCCAGCCGGUCGUCCGCGAGAUGCAUUUGCAUAACAAAUCUCGCACUCUUCCGGACGCAGACAUGUUUUGCAGUUGAUGGCGGGGCAAGAUCAGCAAUCUCGAGGACGAGCUCGCCAGGGCACGCGAGGAAGCGCGGCUGGAAAAGCUACGAGCGGAUGACUUGCAGAGCAAGCUGGACAGCGUGCAAGGAAUAACCCCCGAGAUGCUGGCACGGCUGCAAGAGCUCGAGAAGGCGGAGCAGAUGCUGGCAAAAACGCGGGCGGAGCUUGCAUCCGAAGCGGAGAAGCGAAACGCCGAACGGGCAGCCGCCCAGCAGCGCGAAUUGGAAAUGAAACGGCGCGCGACCGAACAGAAAGUGCAGCAUGCUGCUGCCAUGAUGAAAAAGAGCGCUAUGAAAGCCGCCGCUGUCGAAAAGGCCAAACAGGAAAAGGCCGAGAAAGCUGCGGCCGGCCAGGCCGCAAGCGGGGACUCGUCAGGUGAGCAAGCGCCGAAAGAUGACAAAUUCUGGUCUCAAGUUCAAUAAUAAAAGAUCGCACAUUUUUUUCAUUUUGAUUCAAUGCGGCGUAACGGCUAGAAAUUUCAAUGUCAACAAUGUGAUGCAGCAGGGUCUGCUGAAGGCGGUCAUUUAUUUGUAGAUCUUAGAUAGUCAUUGACUCAACAUGUAUCUCGGUGCCCCCUUUGUCGGAAGUUGAUAAAAGAUAAACGGCAUCUACGUACGCCGAUUCAUUUCAAGAUUGCUUCAAAUGAAAUGGUUGCACAGGUACAGAGGAAAGCACGACUCGCGAGGCGCCGCUCGACGUCAGCGUUUUGGUCAAGCCUUCGCAAAAGAUGUGAGAGUGGACAAUCUCCCCUUCCUUUGAAAGGCAUCUUUGCAUGAUCUUCAGCAACGCAAGCAAUUCCGCUCAUGAUCGGCGCAUCCACAUGACAAGUCAGCACUCUAAUUAUAGUAGUACUUUUUGCUAGAUCCCGAAAGUUAUCUUCGCGCACCGAGCGGGAGUUCCCUGAGGCACACACGAAGUCCAAGGUAGUCGAUUUACCUUUAUUUUGCAUGUAGUUGGUUAAAAACUUUUCAGGGAGAGGGGAAUUGCAUUGCGCACUCUUAUAAAAAAUCGUUUUCAAGGACACGGACACGAAUGAAGAGUUUACGUUGCACAGCAUAUCACAGGCAAAAAGAAAAAUGUUAAUUCGAAAGGAAAUCCUCGCGUUGCAAAAAUACAUGAUCAUAGCAUGAAUGAUAGGCAAAAUAUAUCAUGCGUGCCCCCGCCCGGCUGCGGUUUAUCUUUACGAUACACGUUACCUUAGAGUUAGCAUUUUUCCUUUUCUGGGUGAUAGAGCAACGAAUGGUACCACGAAGGCAAGAAAUUUGGCACCCUAAAAGCUAUGAAAAUGAAAAAUCCACCCCUUUGCGCACAUCCAAAGCAAAGUCUCUGAUCCUGGAUGUGCGUAUACAAAUCAGGUCUGUCUUCCUGUAACGAACUACAGCCAGACUCUCAGCCUUUUCAGGAGCGUAAGGGUCUAGUGGUUUGGCAUUGGAAGAAACGCCCGCCCUGUAGGGCCAACAGCACGACAAAGCGCGCCCAUAAUGCGGCGCACACCUCGGCGCUAACCUUCUUACAAGACAGAGCGGAUCUGCAGCCACGAAUCUGCGCCACAGAUUUUUCUUUUGGGUAUGGAAAGGGGGGAUUUUUCCUCACAAUCAGAGCCGACGGCCGAUCGGUGACCAUGGAGUUCGAGCCCAAGAAGUUGCCGUCCACCUUGAACUAUCCUGGGCAAAAAAAGUAUUGUGCUGGCACUUUCUUCUGGUAGUAGGUGCAUAAUUCCAACUGGUGCGUGACAGAUCCCUUUGCUCAGGUAUAUGUAAAGCCGCACUGAAGUACUAAAGCUGCUUAAGCUUAUAUUUAUUAGUAUUUUAAACAAACACACACCAUAAGUAUUUGGAUCGCAAUCUUCUAUGUACUGCAAAUAGAAAGGAAACUCUAGUGCUGCGAUACUUGUUUUGCAAUGCAUAGCAAAUCGGGCCUGUUCCGCGAGCCCACGUCCGCCAACCUAGAUAUUCAGUCUCAGGACAUCAUUCUACCAGGCAACACGCGAUUGAAGAAGAUAUCCAUCACAUGUAAGAAGUUCUGCUGCUUUUCUGCACCCACCUAAAGUAGAUUGAUAAAUUUAUUAGCUUGGAGGUCCUUGUACUUACCAGGAUCCUCAUACUCUUGCCCUUCUCCAGAACAGCAACACUUUGCCUCGAAGACUUUGACUUCAGCGUCACUACCGCUACCAGUAUCACAAAAACUACGACAGCGACGGCGGACGAGGAGCUCGAAGCCGCAAGGAAGGAAUUGGAGCGCAUCAACCGGGAACUGGAGGAAGCGAAAAAGGCCCCGCCGCCCGCGGCGCCAACCCCGGAGAAGAAGAAGGAGGAAGUCAAACCUAUGUCAGCAGUGGAGGGGGUCACCGUGGUGAAGUCGGCAUUUAAGCUUUUGCUCGACGGGGAGCGGCGGAAAGUGAAGCGCCUGACAAACGAAAACUUGGAGAAGUCGGAGGUGGAGAUCAAGCUUCGCGGAGAACUCGCCGCCGCCCUCGAAGAGUUGGAAGAGCUGCAGGACAGGCUCAAAGGCGGCGGAAAAAAGAAGAAGGUACUACCCUAAAACAGAUGCUUUUGAAUCUAAUUCUGGUCGUCUCCGCUGAGAAACAGUUGUCACUCGCUCGCCUGAAGAAGCGACCAGCACACAAAUAAUUUUUACAUGUACAUGUUGCCAUGGUAAUAGAAGCGAAAAGCAAGAACAACAAAAAGUAGAGAGUUGCAUCUCUGAUGACCACUCGCGGAUGGAAAUAAGCAGUAAAAAAAACCUUCCUCGCAGAAGUAAGUACGGCGACACGCUCGUCCUUUUCUUGAUAAUGCUACCUAGUAGUACAACUAUAACUCCUUACGUGUACGCUCUGCUGGCGUGGUCGCAAAAGUGAACUCUUUAUGCGGCUAUCCUACCAAGUAGGGCCCUGAACGCGUCUGUGAAGACAGGCAGAGUACGCCUCUUUUCAGCGGCCUCAGGAAUCAAAUAUACAGGGCCAAGGGGGCACCACGCUAGCGACGCAGACGACGAUCACGGGCACUGGACACCAAAAGGGCUCGUCUUUCUACUUGCUCGAGUAUCCCGCGCUCAUGACGGAGUUGGCCAUGGAACAAGAGUUCGAGGACCUAAACGGAUGCGCGCUGGCGAGCUGGGAGGGAAUUCUGGAAAAGCUGAAGCAGUCGCGACGGCCGCCGUCGGGUGUGGGCAGCGGCUUUGUGAGCACGCGGCUUUUCCGCCGGCUUUUCCUCGGAUGCCUGCACCGCAUCCGGAGGCAGGACGACCUGCGGAAGAUGGCCGAGGCAUUGAUGCUAGCGGAGCUGGAGAAGGCGUGCGAGGCCGUGCAUCUGCUGCAGGAGUCCACAUUCCCGGAACAGUGCGCGCCCAUCCGCGAACACAUCUUCGGGCGCGGCAUGAACAAGCCAAACCUGUUCGAGCACUUCUCCGCGAGUCUCACCGCCGAAUGGCUGGCGAAGCUGCAGCGGUGCGAGGAAGUCAUCGCGGCCUAUGGGUCGGACCAGCAGAUCGAACUGGGCGUGUACGAGCCGAGCCGACGCUGCUACGUGUCGAAUGGCAAGAAUGUGAUGCAGCGCACCGUCUUGUCCAUGCACGUAACGCGCAUAUGCAUCUUCGCAAAUAUGUCAGGGUCUGGAGAAGUGCUAAUGUACAAUUUUAAAAAUAUGUCAGGAUCUGGAGAAAUGCUCCACCAGAAGGUCUAGAAUAUAGCGGGGCCUAGCAACAUUACAAGUUUUGCGAGAGCGAGAACUUUCUUCAAGAAAGUUCUCGCUCUCGCAAAACUCGUACGAUGCAAUGCCUAUUUUGAACAAGAACGACGAGAAAGCCUGCCUCAAAGUAGUUGAAACUUGACAGGCUUUGCCUCUCAGUCUCACGCAUGACCGAUUUAUUUCGUAUGACCGACUACAGAGAGCAUCACAAUUCGGCACCUCUCCAGACAUAUUUGCACCUCAUAGCGCAUGGACGGCGACAACGUCCAGGAGAUCGUCGACAUGGAUGCCUCUAUGCAUUGCAAAAGUAUAAUCGUGCUAGUUCCAGUAGAGCACUACAAGCAGGGCAGCACAUGCUGUACACCUGUACCCCCGUCCUUCGACGGGCUUCCGACCGUGCUACGAUUCACCACGAGCAGGCCAGCACAUGCUGGACACCUGCACACACUGCCCCAACGGGCUUCCAACAGUGCUACAACGCACUUAAAGCAGACCAGCACAUGCUGGACACCUGCUCACACUGUCCCAAUGGGCUUCCAACGGUGCUACAACGCACUACAAGCAGGCCGGGGAACGCCGGACACCUGCUGCUCCACAUACCGCAGUUUCUGGAGCUAUCAACAACUACCAAACACGAUGGACACACAUAGAAACUGCGGAGCCUGCAUAGGGGGAGGACGGCUAAGCCCUACCAGGAGAAAAACGGACAACGACGUCAGUUGUCGCCGUAAAUCUCCCUGCUGCCCUGAUUCCAGAUGACAUGUGCCGCUGCACUUGCAGCUAGCAACCGAAAUCUUCAAACUGCCCAGCAGGGGCGGAGUACAACAAGAACAAACACAGCCAGCCAACCGGCUGGCACCUGUGCACGCGGUGGCCCUGUGGGCCUAUCUCCACGCCGGCCCGAGGAAUAAAACUGCGAUCUCGUCCCUCGCCUGCGUGCGAAAUUUUCAAGUUUAAAUUUUAAAUUUAGUUUCCAAUUUUAUUUUUAUUUUAAUAGUAGCAGGAAUGCAGUUACACGCGCGAGGAGGUGCACAAACCCUUCAAAAAAAAAAAAGAUGAGAAGCCUCGAAAUUUCAAAACUUCAAAAUUUAACUUUUAUUGGCACGCCAAAUCCGCGAAGUUUUAAAAUUUUAUUUUUAUGGAGACUAAAAGCAAAGAACUGAUGAAAGUGGAAGAAAGCUGCGAAAAGGAGAAGCAAAGUAAAAAGAAUGGAUAUAUAGGAAUGAAGGGGAACAAGAACAAAAACGGGGAUUGAUGUAGAAGCAGGAUAGUACUUUGAAAUUUCAAAUUUUUAUUUUUAUCACGUCAGGAGGAACAUGAAGGGACAGAGCGUGGACAACAGGCGGGGAGGGGAAGAGAUGAGCACGAGCAUCCCGAUUGCGAACUUACAGGCGGAGUGCGAGGAGAUGUUCAAUGAGAGGACCAAACGGUCCUCAUAAGCUUUUUCCACGAAUGAAAACGGGGCUUGUGCUGAAAAAGGUGAAUAAAGGGUAUCAUGCAAGUUUGCACUUCAGUUUCAGUACGAGCACGAGUGCGAUACUUUUGCAUGGGAUAGCCUCGCCGUUCUUGCAACUGGCACGAAGUGGCGGGCGUGGUGCGUCGUCGCGUCCUCCCUCUCGGAUAUGGGAUUUUUCAACGUUACAGUGUCAACUGUAUACCUGAUUUGUCAUUGCAAAACCAAUUAGCAUCAACAUCCACUCCGCGUGACAAGAAGUUUUUGAAGGGCUAAACAGCAUGGAAUUCUGCGCCGCAUUUAAUGCUAGAGAUGCAGGCUCCCCCCUUUCACUUUUGCUAUUCGUGCGUCACAAAUUCAAACUAUGGCCGAGAUUGUAACGCUUGCCAAUCCCAUACCGGAGUCCGGAGAAGUACGCGGCGCUGCUCACACCCACGCCCGGCGGCGGUGCGGCCCGCAGCAUGCACCACCGCGGCGCGCCGCUUGGAAGCGGUAGUCGGAACCCUAGUCCCGUUUUGGAAAUGGGACCCCUGGACGAGUUCCAAAAAGCACAGGGGAUGGGGUUCGGCGUGCGUUCGAUGCCCAUGUCUCCGAGGUUGCACCAAACGCCCUCGCCUCGCAGCCGCGACAAGUGGCUGAACUUGCCGGAGCACAACGGAGACGUGCAUGGCAGACGGGUAAUUGAGGACGACAUGCGUCCCGAUGAGCCGAAGAUUCCGGCGAAGCGCUUGAACCUGAGGCAUUUUGAGUUUCCAUCGGGUCCGGCGGAAGACGCGCGCGCCUUUCAGAACGCCCGCGCGCAGCAGCACCAGCAGCAAAUGGGAGCGGCCCGCGCGGGCGCAGCCGUAGCGGGAAAUGGCAUUCGGGGCGCGAGCAACAACUUUCUGCAUGCGCUAUCUGUGCAGCAGCAGAACCAGCAGCAGCUUUCCGGUGGAGUGCGCGGAAACGCCAUGAGCAUGCCGGCGGCUCACGCAGGGGCCGGCGGCCAGCUGCAUCGUGGCGUCGGUGGCGGGAGCAGUCUAAUGAGCUUGCAUGCGGAGCAGGGGAGCGUGUUUGAUGACCCGAAUUUGCUCUCGGUGACGAGUCUUACGAGUCUGAGGCACGGUGGCGACCAACAAGCGUGUUCUACUUCGCGACCGCCCACGCGGAGCCAAAUGCGGUCGGCACCAAGCGGAAGUCUAUACGACCUCGGAGGAAGCUCGAAUCUGCACCCUCGCGCAGCGGCUCACGAAUUUCUGCAGACUGCAACCAGAAACAUGGAGCCUGACGAGGCUUCUCAGCAGACCCGAUCGCAGCCCGGCGUGCACGUCGGACUCCGCAUCACCAGCGCCAUCCCAAUGGCAGACCAGCACACGCAGCAGCUUCAGUAUCGUCCGGGCACAUCUCCGGCGAAGGGCGCGUCGCCCAGCACCUCGGCCGCGGGGAUCGAAGCGCUCCCACGAGGCGGACCGCACGCGUCGCCGCAGCAGCACCACCAUCAGCAGUCCGGUUCUUUCUGCGUGGGUGGAAGCAGGCCGGGCACGACUACCACGGCAGUGUCUUCGGGCGCAGCGCCGGAAGGCAGUUCCUCCGCGUCGACGAGCGGCCCACCCGCCGGACGUGGGCGGCCGCAGCUCAACAUUGUCGUCCCGCCACCCAGCAUGGGCAAGGUUGCUUACACGGUGGUGGAUCAUUUUCCGAAAUCGCCGACGUCGAUGCCUGCACACGGGCACAGCAUGGACGAUACCAUGCACAAUGGGCUGGUGGGUUCAAGCCAGGUUGGUCACCUCUACGCCGCGGCGCCGCUUUCGCCCGUCCACGGGCACCGUGUGGUGACGCAGCACACCGCGUCCCCGAAAGGAAGCCCCGGCCACUCCCCCGCCCACAGUGCGCGCGCGCAGCACGAGAAGAGGGAGGAAGACCAAGUGCACCUGAAAUACGCGGGAAUGCUGGGCGACGACGCGGCCUCUGUGGCGGCACACAAGCCGGAUGGUACCCAGAACGCAACGAAGCACCAGCUAAAGCAGCCGGCCAUGAAAACUGGCGGCGCGAGCACGGUGCGAGCGCGUAGCUCCAGCGCCAGUCACUCGCCCGAGAAAGCCGCGCGGGGUGGUGCAGGUGGAGCUGCAGCGGAUUUUGAUGAUCUUCGCAUUCAAGGCGAAAGGAAAGAGAGAAAUCGUCCCCGUGGGCUCGAGAUACGUGCGAAGUCCGGCCAAGAGAAGCCACAGAUGAACCUCUUUUACCCCGAAAAUGCCAAUGCGCCACUUGAUCAUCCGCAACAACGCGCGGCUGCAUCGUUCUCGUCCACUGCAGCUGCCGGUGCCGGGUACAGCCGAAACAUGAGCAGAGCCCUAUUCUGAGGAAAAAUCUUUUCUUUCCCUUCAAUAUCAUACUCAAAAGGCAGUUUGUGGUGCGCGAAGAUUUGUGUCCACAGGCCAAUCCUAGCACACAGGCAAAGAGGCACACGCGCGGCAUAUUCCCAUGGAGGCGACUUGUCAGCACGAUUUUCUGCGCAAUUUUUGUUGAUUCCUGUCGUGCUGAGCAACCAACGCUUUCGCGUGCCCAACUGUACUGGAGCUGUUUUUGUUUCUUGAUGCCGCCUAACUGCGAUGAUGUACACAAAUUCAGCAAGGCUAAUCGCCUUUUGAACAUGGGGGGGGGAAGAUUUGUUUUCAUUCUGACACUCCACUGCGGCGCCCGUAAGUGCCGUGGAAGUGCGGUUGCCACCAUUAAGCAGUAUUCCUGCGGAGGGCAGCAUGAUGAACAUGCUGAAACCGGAAUCCUCUAUAGAGGUGUUACACCAAGGGGACCCGCUAUCUACCGGAGCAGAUUCUUCGGAAGCAGCGGCCGGUGGGGCUGCUGCGAUGGCGGAUGAACCAUUUCUGGCUCACGCGCAUGCGCAGAGUCGACAAAGGGAACAACAGCAGCAGCUCGACGCCGCCGCGCAGCAAUAUCAUGUGCAGCUGCAGCAGCAGCAUCAUUAUCCGAGCGGGUCGCGCAGUACCUCCAAAUCCUACUCCCAGCAGCAAAUCUCCGUUUCUGCAGGUGGUGCGGCCCUACCGCCGCGUGGACGAUCGAGGCAGCAGCAAGCCCCUGCGGGAUCCUCGUCCUCUUCGUCGCAACCAGGAGUAGGGGGUUCAGGAAUUCGCGCGAACUUCAAAGACGGAGACGUCCUGGUUGAUGCGGCCCUAGACUUGGCUCGCGGUCGGGGCGGGCAGCGCGGGGGAGCAGGAGGGCCGCCACCGGGACCCCUGUUUGGUGUGAACUUUCAAGUCGAGCGCGCUCGACACAUGAUUGCGACGGACGAGGUGGCCCCACGACAAGUGCCCACGCACCAGCUGCUGAACAAGCAGGCCAGCGGUCGGUCUGCCGGCGGACGCCGCGCCGCCGACAACCUGAACUACGGACGUAGGUUGCCGCCCGCACCAUUGGGGAAAAUCGGAUACGUCCGAACAGACGUGGCGGCCAUAUGGCCUCGACAUCAAAUGUUACCUGAACACCGGUUGCAUGAUCUCCUGGUUUAAGUUCUUUUGUGAUGAUACCUGAAAUAAAAGCGGAAUAGCAAAAGUAUACGCAGGGGGAGUCAAGGCUUCGUCCGCUUCUUGUAUUUUUAGACCGCGCAGAGGCAGAGCCAGAAGCUCAAUGGUAUUGAGCGCGUCGCAGAACAAAUUAUCACGCGAGGGAAGUUGCAGCUUGAGCUUGACCAAUCUUCACGCGUAAGGCGGCAGACGUCCUGCGUGACAAAUCAGCACGAAAUCAUGCAACCGUUCACCAUGUAAGAUUUGAGGACGGCAUAGGUUACCGGUCUGAACGCCAAUCCGAGUCCAUCCAACCACGGGGGCGAAAACACCAACCAGAAGCCAUCUGGGUCUCUACAACGGCCCCAAACGCGAGCAGGGAUCAUGCAAGACCCAUCAUCGAUAACAAAAGAGAAAUAGAAUUUAGAUCAUAUCAGUGUUCUCGCAUGAAGAAAGAUGACGGAUGCCGCCGGGGCGAAGCAUUUUUCUUUUUUCCUGCGCCGGCGCUGGUACUCUUUGAUGUUGGCCUUGAAUAGUAGGGGAAGGCGGCAGACCUUCGGUCAGAGACAGAAUGCUGGCCAUCGAUAAAGAGCUCGGACGCGAUUCAUUCGUGCUAGAAAAAAGAAACGCCCCCGACCGCGCCCCUCAUCGUGUAAUCAUCUUCGUACCAAAAUAGAGCCUUACUGGUACCACUAGGAAAAACGACGCAGGCGGGCCCGCAAGAACGGCGCCCUUUUGAGGCGCCUGUCGUCUUAGGUUCUACCGAUUUGUAUGUGCGCCCACAAAGCGGCGCCGUCGCGUACUUACAAGUGCGAGAGAUGCAAAAUAAAAGCAGCCAAUGCGAAUGGGGUGGGCGCCAGUUUUUGCCACGUUGGUUCGAAUGCCGCAUGUGUUGAGCCGGUGGACACAUAAAGCAUCUCGCCUUUAUUUUGUUUUCAAUAUAAAAAAAAAAUAAAACAAAAUAAACUAAAGGAAGGCGCCCCAAAGGCUGAAAGCCAAGCAAUCCGCGUGCUAUGGGCCCGAUUGUGAGCCUCCCAGAAGCCGGUCCUGAUGGAGGUCCUGGCACGCCCAUAGCAUACACGAGAGAUUUUUUUUUGGAGCCCAGAAAGUUGAAGCUCGCAACUGCUAGCCGCGAUUCUCAUCGGCAGCCUUAGGCGCGAGGGCAUGGCAGGCAUAUGCAUAACAACCGCGGCCGUUUCCUCGCUGAAACAAAAAAGACGCACUGACCUCAUUAUCUCCGUUUGGUUUGCGACUUCUGUAAUAUCCAGCUGGUUGCAAAACCAAGAAACACCAUUCGAAGCGUACAAAAAAAAAUUCUAGUACUUCCGCCAUCAAAAACGUGCAUGUGGAACACUGCAUCAUGCUAAUUUUUCCGCUGGAUGAGCAAGCUCGGGAAUAAUGCCCGGCGACGGCGACCAAAGCUUUCCGAACAUCGGAGGCGUCGGGCUUGAGCCACUUGCUCGCCCGCACACACGUGGUUGAUCAUCGAUAAAACGGCCACCUCAUCACGCGAGCAGUCGGGUCUAACUGAUACCUUGGAAAAAGCUGUUAAUCUUGAUACAUGAAUGUAAAUCCAAGUCAUGAUGCGUGCCAUGCCUGCGAACACACAUUGUGAAACUUGGUACGGUCAACAUGUCGACAUCGGCGUAGGCUGUGGUCACCAAGUCGAAGAUAAGCCAAAAAAAAAUCACAUUAAGCUGCAGGUGGCUAAGAUGGGCACGAUUGUACUAAUACGCGCGGAGUGGUGCACCAGGAAAUGCAAAUCAUUAUCAUUUAUUUUACGAAAUUAGAGUCCAGACGCACGUUUCAAUUUGUUUUUCGAGCUCGCAGGAUGAAAUGCGCCUGAUGUAAGAUUCGUUUGUACGUCGACUGCAACGGCUACGUAGUCUGCUUGAAGGCCGGAAAUGCAGUAAUGCUCUUCGAUGUUGUCACCUAUUUAUGUGUGUCUUCGUGUACCUACGAAACAGCAGAAUAAAAAACACUGAAGCUGCUGCAUUCUUGCAACACUGUAUUUUAUAAACAAACAAAAAUGUUGAGAGUGGCUUCUCCUUCUUCAACAAAAGCUGCAACGAACACAGAAACAGAAUAAACUUUGAAAACCAAAAUAAAUAUGAAAUAAUAGACUUGAAAGCAUUUUCAUCUUACUACGAAGAGAAGCUGCUUUGGUAAUAUCUUCACGACAAGUUGUUAGUCCGCGAGAGCUGUAGAUUAGCGAUGAGUACAAGCAAGCAAUAUCCUUGCAGCUACCAACAUGUACUUUUUUUCGUUCCUUCCACCUAUUUGUAUGAUUAGCAGAAAAAAUAUACUGAUAUGUGUACAAAAACAAAUCUGAAUGAGAUUGAUUUAUUGUAGAGCUCGAGUUACAAAGUUGAUCUUGGUAGGUCUUGACGUGCGCCCGGCCUCCGUGAAUGAAUGUAAUAUAUACAACUCGGCCCUGCUGAUGCUGCACAGUGGGCGCCUUUCUCGUUGACGCAGGAAUGGACGUCUCUUCUACCGGGUUUCAAGUUGCGACUGCAGCAGGAUCAAAGAGGUGCGUUACUUUGAUCCUGGUUUUGUUGUUAGACACUAUCCAAAUCCGUGCUUGCUCUGAUCAUCGACAACGACAACGAUAGGGAGAUCAGGAUCGUCGAUUAACAAGGUCUACUAUUUUGUGCUUAGGGCGGCAAGUCAAGCGUUUCCAUUGUGGUGCAGGUACUGCUUCUUCGCUGGCUGUCUUCGUCCUGUCGACUAAGUCGGAAUGCGAGUGAGGGACUGCUAAAAAUGGGAUUGCACCUGGGAUCAUUGAGACACGCCCGCAAAAAUCUGGAUACUUACUGAUACAUUACAUCUGAAUCUAUCACGUACCAGUCCAUACGUCAAGGCAAGUUGUUGGUGCUCCUAUGGUGCCAGGGCGUGAUCCCCGGCCGCGCCUGCCAUUUUACUUUUUGCCUGAUCUUGAUUCAAGAUCAAGCAGAGUUGUCGCAGAAAAAUUUUCACGACAUUUUUUCGGAUCUUGUUCCUGCUCGGCUCAGCAUAUUAUCCUUGUUGGUUCUAUCGAAUUCUGUUAAGUUUUUAAGAAGUUCGAUGACGAUGAAGAUCAUUUUUCUUCUUCAUCAAGUUUAUUCCUUUGGGGUGUGCCAGACGCAGCAAGAGUAUGUAAGUGUGUGAAGUAUGUUGAGUUUUUACGCAACAUGGUUAGAGAAGCAUAUGAUAGGUGGUUGCCCAUGACCAUGUGCUGUAACAAGCACAAACAGAGAAGCAUGUGCUUCAUUUCUUGGUAGACGUCGUCGCGACGUGAUGGUGCUUACAGAUUCAUGUGAGCUUUUUUAACAGAACUGGAACUUGC